AUGUCUGAAUCAUCACUACCAAUUCUCCCUCCGCAAGAGCCAAUUCCCAAUCGUCUCCGGGGAAUUGUGGCACUGAUAACCGGCGCGGCGGGAAACAUCGGCUUUGAAACCGCCCGCAGAUAUCUUCUUGAGGGGGCCAAGGUGGCGCUCGUUGACAUUGAUGAGGGGAGGCUAUGCCAGUCUAAAAAUGCAUUGAUCGAAGCAUUGAAGGGGUCAUCGCUGGAUAUCGAGAAUGCAGACGAGUUCAUUCUUACUGUACAGGCAGACGUCACUGCCGAGGAGGAUGUGCAGCGUUAUGUCAGUGAAACAACAAAGAAGUUCGGGGGUUUGGAUGCGGCUUUGCUCUGCGCGGGUAUCUCGUACUCAUCCACGAGCAUUCUUGACACUGAUGUCAACCAGUAUGAUAAGGUGAUGCAGGUCAACACCCGAUCAGCUUUCCUGGGCGUGAAGCACUGUGGUCGCGCGAUGAAGGACUCUGGAAAUGGCGGAAGCAUAAUUCUGGUAUCGUCUAUCGCUGGGCUCCGUGCCACGCCAGGCCUUUCGGCGUACUCGACCUCUAAGUUUGCACUACGCGGCCUAUGUCUGACUGCCGCGUCCGAGCUUGGCCAACAUAACAUUCGAGUGAACACAGUACACCCAUGCGGAGUCAACACACCUAUGUUUUUGGCUGCCUGGCCCGAAGAGAAGAUGAAGAGUAUGCUAGCGACCGUACCUCUUGGUCGAUGGGCAGAAGUUGCAGAUGUCGCUGCAUUAUGCUCCUUUUUGGCCAGCCCCGAUGCGCGCUUUAUGACAGGCGGAGCUCUGAAGGUCGACGGGGGAAUUGUGAUGUAUUAA